ACACGCCUGUAUUGCAGCAGGUGAGACCAGGAGACACGGCAAAGUUCAUGUGUUCGUAGGGGAAUUGGAAGAAGAGACGGUAAUCUGGAGUGGCAAAGGCGGCGACAUUUUGUAUUUUGGCAACCAUAAAAACACACAAGUAACAAGAAUUACUCUGGAACGUCCCUAUUCCAAGAGCUGGAAUCUCGUCAUUGGAAACGUUAAACUUGGAGACGGAGGAUCCUACGAGUGUCGAGUCGGAGAGAUGGUUAUUAAAGCGUAUACGUUAGAGGUGAUAUAUUCACCGCGAAUCUUACCGUCGGAAUCAGAUGGAGACCACAAGGUUCAGGAGGGGGAAAAUGUUACCCUAACUUGUCAGGCCAAGGGGUUCCCACCUCCUAAAUAUAUAUGGCAUCUUAUACAAUGCACCCAAGAAAUGAGGCUCGAUAUGGGACCACAAUUAGAAAUACCUAAUAUCAGAAGAGAAGAAGCAGGCGUGUAUAGGUGUACAGCGUUUAAUGGAAUCGAACCAAAUGGUACAAUAAAUUUACAAGUUGGCGUGGAGCACGCACCUACAAUUACUGUUUACAACCCCGAGUUAAUUUCAGAGAAGGGUAAGAGUGUUAGGUUAGAAUGCAUCGUUGUACGGUUCCCCAACGGACGAUACAACUGGACUAAACGUGGUGAGGUCGUGAAAAAGGACUGGAAUCAUGAUCCCCAGUAUAUUGAGCUUAACUUGACCACAACAAUGAUGAGUCUGGAUAUUAAACAAGUGGAAGCACGGUCAUUUGGAAAGUACAGCUGUGAGGCAGAGAAUGAGCACGGUAGAGCUGUCGGCAGUGUCACACUACAAGAGAUUGGUUCAUCAUCCAAUAAACCGUCCGCUGGGACUGGCAAAGAUGGAAGCACACAGCUUUGUUCUGAAAGUAUCUUGUUCUACCUCGCUAUUUUAACAUUAUUUCUUAAGUUUUAACUUUACUUGAUUAUUUCUUUGCAAGUUUUACUG